UCUAACAUGGAGUGGCCAGGGGACAAUUUGCAGGGUAAUUGUCCUACAGACAUCUUUCUCACUGGCGUAUUUGGGGAACUGGACAUUCAGCAGGUGCUCCAUGACACAGAAGAAAAAUUAAAGCUCAAUGCAUGGUGUAUUGACCAAAGCCUAAAGGAGAUGCAGAUGGAAAUGAAUGAUGUUUGUACAGGAGAUAUGCUGCCAUUCACAGCAGAUAGCCUGCAGUGGCUGUGUCCUAAUCAUCUCAACUCUUUUAGACCUUUAUCUACUGGCUAUGAUGAACUUGUAGAUUUCCUUAGAGCUUUGCAAAAUUUUCUGAAGACGGAGCAAAGUCAGGAAGAAACAGUGCUUCAUCUCCUUCUUGAUAUUUCCUGCCAGUGUGGUGUUUAUUUUCCUUCCAAACCAACUGGAUCAUCAUUCCCAAUGACCUCUACAGCUUCCCUGCAUGCAGUAGGAGAUGAAUCUUCUUUGCAGGUUCAGUCUGUAUGGGAUGAUAUCAAAUUACAUCUUAGGCGAUUCAUUGUUGAAAAGUUGUCAUCCAGUCAACAGGCUGACCAACAACCCGAUCAACGAGUAACUUUUAAGAUCCAUUGCCUUCAGCAACUUCUUUUCUUAUACCCUGAAGAGGAAGUACUUUCUAGAUUUCAAAAUAUUCAGAGCAAAUAUUUACAGGAUUUCCUACAUGAACUGUUGUGCUCAAGUCCCGGUGAAACUGGUUUUGACAAAGUGGUUCAUGCUUAUGAAAGUGCUAUCCCUUCAGUUUGCAAUAUGGUAAAGGAAGAUCUACACACACUCAAUGGAAUUGUUGAGCCUGCACUUACAAUCAAGUUCCUAAAUGAUGUAUAUCAUUUCACUACUACUAAUGAGCUGUCAGCUCAGAUUGAGAAGUUUUGUGAGCUUCAAUUAAAGGACAGCAAGUUGGUUGCAGUUAAGGCAGGAAAAAUCUCCAGCAAAAUGAAAGGAGCUGCUAAUGCUGCAGCUUCUGGAGACCAUACCAAAAAAGGGAGGAACUUCUUUCCUCUGACCUCUCAUCAGCUGAGAUGUAUUUCUCAACUUAUGAAAAAUCUUAUUUGCUUGGAGAAUAAAAUAGAGGAACUUGCUUCAGUUUGCAUUUUGAUCAAAGAACAAGAAGUAGUUUACUCUAUAAAAGGAAUACAUAAAAAGACAUUUGAAAACACAGAUGGCACUCCACCUGAAGAUAGCAAGCUUUGCAGUGAAAGAGUACAGAGGAAAGAGUCUCUAGCACUGACAUUUAAUUGGAGAAGCACAUUCAAAGAUUUGUGUCCUGCUAUUGUACACUGUCUCAGAGUGGUCAUGGAAGAUGUCUAUACAAAGGCUUUGAGGCAAGAGGAAACUAUCCACUUAUCAGGAUCUCCAUUGAUGAUCAGUGUGAAAAAUGUACAGCAGGAAGAGCAAAUUUUCUCUUUGAUAAAGGAAAACAAAACACCAAAACGAAUUGCAAAGUUUUGUGCUGACAUCAUGAAAGAACUUGACACAUUUCUUGCACUUGCUCUGGCAUGGAGAGAAGACAGUUUACAGGAAAUUAGGGCAGACUUUGUGGAGGUCUGCACAAAAGUGACAACUGCCAUUGAGACAAGGCUAAAGGAGAGAAGCAAGGAAAUUCCUUGGAAAGCCCCUGCUCAAAACCUUCAUGUACUGUUGUCCACUGCUAUUUACAUUCAUCAGCGAGUAACCCACUAUGAGGCACUUCUGAAGGACAACAGCCACAAGCCCCUGUUCCUGCUGCCAAUCCAGCAGUACCAAGAGCUGAUCUGUGCCCUUGAAGCACAAGUUAUUGACUACAAUACAAGAACCUGUGCUACUUAUAUUCUGCAAGAUCCUGAAAGCCAUUACUGGAGCGACCAUAAAAGUUUUUAUGAGGGGGAAAAAUGUUCAUUCUCUAUUUUAAUGUGGCAUUACUUACUAAUGGGCCUACGGCAUGAUCUUUGGACUACAUUGCCUUCCAGCCUUGCCCAGGAAAUCUUGGCCCAGGUCCUGAGCGAGACAUUGGAAAUUCUAGUUCAGAGAUAUUCUGUUGCCUGCCCCACCUAUAGAAGGACUUUGCAAGUCAGAAGUGACAUUACUGCCAUAUUGCUCUGCAUAGAAAACCACCUUUGGUCAAUAUGCAAUAGUACAGAAGCACUUCUUCAAUCAACUGAGGACCAGUUCUCAUGGAUUGUUUCCAUUCAUAAUCAUUGUAAUCAGCUUCUUGCUGUGCUGGCUAUUGUCACAUCACCUCUGCAGGAACUGCAUGAAGCAUUACAAAAUGUUUCAAGUGAGGGCUCUGUUUUAUCAACUUUGCAGAUUCCCAGCUGCCAUCUUUUACAGUGGCUUUCUUUUAUUAAGCCUACCUUGUUCUCUCAAGAAUCUCUUGGGAUGUCAGCAGCAGAUGAAAUAGCUGCUCAGCGCCAGCUGAAAAUGUUGUUAUCCCAGCCUGGUUGUAACCAGAACUUGCUAUUGCAAACACUGCUUCAGCACAACUGCCUGGUACUUAGAAAGCUGUUAAAUAAUUCAGAUUUCCUAAUAACUGAAGGUGAAAGUGAUCCAGCAAAUAAUUUUCAAGAUCAAACACUACUUAUGGAAGCAAUUUUCAUGCUGUUGAUCAGCCCUUAUUUGCCUCCUAAAUUUCUUUGUGUUGUGAUAGAAGAAUACUUUGAUAAGAAGAAAUUAUGGGAGUCUUUCAGUGACCUUUCAGAUGUGAGCCAACCAGAACUUGAAGUAAUGUCAUGUCUGAGAAUGGCAGUGAUCAGACCCAUCACUACUGUUGUAAACAAACUCAUCUCUAUGGUUCAUGCCUGGCAAGACUGUGAAAAUCAUGGGAUCUACCAGCAUAAACAAAUGGUCCCUGAAUAUCUCCUAAGUAGAAUUCCAAAGGAAUGGAACUAUGUCCCAUGGGAAAUAAAAAGGAAGGAAUCUGGAAAAAGUUUCAAAAAGCUGGUGGCAGAAGCCAUUGUGUUCAUCAUUUCCAAUAUGCCUUGCCUAGUUUCCUCACUUCCUGCUGCUGUUAGAUACUUGUUUUAUGUCGCAGAGAAAAGGCUUUCCAAAAUCUCAAAGCAUUUUAAUUUCUAUGGUCUUCUGGUUCACAACAUAGUUGCUCUCCACUGCCACAUGCUAGAAGAUGGCAAUAGAACUGAGCAAUUCACUGGAGCCACACUGGAUCGGUGGAGCAAAGAGAAACUAGCUUUGGUCAGUGACUGCCUACAAAGUAUUGUGGGACAGCUGAAGGAAAGUCCCAAACCAGUGGUUCUCAAAAUCAUUCAGUACAUUGAGACGCAAAGGCCAAAAUGGAUCGAGAGCCAACUACAAAAAGCAAAAAUGCUAUGUGGAGAAAGUGCAUUUGAGUCCAAUGAGAGCUGUGUCUCGCAUGAGGAAAGCACAGCGCUUGAAUUGACUGAGCAGAAAAUAGGCAUGAUAGUCCUGGAUAUCUGCCACAAACCAGGUGGCAGCGAAUACCUGAGGCAAAUUUAUCACAUCAUCCAACUCAAUGAGGAGUUUGUGAAGGCCCAGCUUUCUGCCAUAGAAGAUUCAAAAGUUAAACCUCCUCAAAGACAUUUAAAGAUCAGCCUUAAAGAUUCAGAUCUGCAGCUUACUGCCUUCAACCCACUUAAGGAGUUUAGUCACAUUGGGAGUGAUAAGUUUGACCAGCCAGCCAUAACUGAGUGGGACUGGGAAUGGCCGAAACUGCUGCCAAGUUAUCUGGGACUCAGUCAGGUGACCUUGAGGGCGCUGCUGGCAAACAGGUGGGAAAUGCAGGAUUCCGCAGCCCUUGAAGAAAAAGAAAAGACGUUGGUGGCUUCCUUAAAAAAACUCUGUUUCGGUAAACCUGCAGCAGCUCAAGCAUUUACAACACAGGAGCAAAGCUAAAAGUUAAAUUCACAAAUAAAUAAAUAAAUAAAUAAAUAGAAUGAACAACACACUUUUAAUUAACAAAUAAUAACAUAAAGCCGAUGUGUUUCCCUUUUCAGAUGAAUGACGGGCUUUAACACUGGGGCACCCAUUAAUUAAGUCUCAGAAAUCCUCACAUGGUCUGCUGAACCUGAGGAGAAACAUGCAGCUUUAAUGGAGGGCUUUUGAGAGGAGACAGGUGAAAUCUACUACCUCUUGCUUUUAAUAUAUUUGUUUUUUUGGACUGAUGAGUAGUACCUAAAUCAUAACUCAUGAAUAUGUAAUUUAAUAUGAAAGAAUUUGAAAAGUUAAUUAAAACACAUGAGCGCUGCAAAACCAAGGGUGCGGGUUGUGUGGCAUUAUGUCCAUGAAUUUUUGCAUCAUUAAUAGACUUCAAGUGACGCUGGAGUGAAUGAGCACUUGAACUGUAAAAGCUCUUGAAAAACACAGUUGUGCAGAUAAAACCGGUUAGGCAAUCGGCCUCUUUACGGCACUUUUGUUAACAACUUUAAUAUUUGGUAUCUUCACUUGUCUACCUAAACACAUUUAUGUUCUAUUAAACUCCGGAAACUUGCUUAUUUUUAUUUAUUCUGUGCACAUUUCUUUGAAGUUAACUGUUCAUGUAUGCUGGCAGUUCAUUUUUUUUGUACACACAUAUUUCUAAAUAAAAGAUUCUAGGAUUGUGGGUAAUAUUUCUGUGAUUAUACACAUAUUUCCUUUCAGUGCUAAAAGCAGAUUUAAAGAGGGGCCUGCCAAAUUACAAGAUGAAGGAUUUUAACGGCAGUGAAACUCUUGCUAUAUUGUAGUGAAAGUGGCCGUUCUGUGUUUGCCACUGUUGACACAUUGUGCAGUAUAGCAGGUGCUGGUUUAGCGGCAGAUUCCAGAUAUAGUGACAGAGAAGCUAAAUUAUAGAUCAACUACACCUUGACAUUCUCACCAGGAUAGCCAGUAAUUGGGCUUUGGAGAGAGCUCAUUAUACAGUCGUCACUUUUCAUGCUUUAUGCAAUUAUAAUGCAUAUUAGUGCUGUAUGGAUAUACAUUUUAUAAAGUAGGAGAGUGUAUAAACAACGGAAUACAAAGACUUUUAACAAUUUUAAUAGCUGUAAUAUCAGCAUACAUCAAAGGCUAAAGUUUUGCAAAUUAUGCCAUAGGUAUUCACAUUUUAAUAAAGAGGAAAUACAUAAUAAAUGCAGUAACAUGUCACGUCAAAGUAUGAGGACCUGAUCCACAGUAACACAGGUGUUUGCAGAAGCAAGCGUUUCUACCACAGUAACAUCUGUUAAAUUGUGUAUACAUUUUGACACACUCUAUAGAAAUGCGGCAAUACCCAAGAGUUUCAUAUAUCACAUUAAACUUCAGCAUAACAAUCGCAUUGUCCAACUCACAAAAACUAAAUUAUUAAGAAGAAAAAUCCAUACAGUUUUUGAAGCCUGCUUUCUCCAGAGCAAAGCUGCAGCUAUCCUAAGCAGCAAUGGGCGUGAGGCAGGAAGCAGCGUAGAGCCCACUCAAGCGCAGGAAAACCCCAAGCCAGCUUAGAGCCCGCAAGGUUCUGACACUACAUGGAUGGCAGAGGGAAAUAUUGAAAUAAACACAGAAGGGAAUCAUACUCACUUACAGUAGCUGGAAAUGUGAGACCACAAGUGGUAUCUGCUGUAUCACCAUGCUGCUCCCAAAGUAAUCAUAUUUUUAUGAUCCCUUAAAUCUAUGGACUGCUUUUUCCAUUGGGAGAAAAGUGUCUAGAAAAA